AUGAUCGACCAGCUGGCUGAUGGCGAGGCGCUCGAGCUCCUCUGGUCAGCUCUUGCCAACGAGGCCACCGUCGGCUUUCCGGAUCCAGCCUCCGAGUCUGGAGCAAGCGACGGCGACGGCGACGAUGCCGGGCGUGACAAGCUGGACAUCCUCGGCCUGCCGCGUGCACCCGAGGACGCGCCAGACUCGGAGCUGAUGAUCGACUACGCCGGGUACAACGCAGCGGCGCGUGUACUCGAGCCCAAGGUCGCCGCGCUGCUCACGCCGGCCGCUUUCUAUCGGUUCCGGUCGGAUCCGCUUGGUCGGGUUCCUGUCGAGCUCGUGUACGAGUACGCCGUCGGCCGGGCCUCGCUCCGCAAGACCCGCAUCAUGCUCGCCGCCCACGACACCGAGGGCUCGGGCUACCUCACCGAGGUCGACAUGGAGCGGUUCAUCAUGCAGUCUGUGAAGGACUUGCCGUGCCUGGCGGCGCUCGAUCCGACCUUUGAGGUCUUCUACGUCUGUACCGCUGUCCGCAAGUUUAUGUUCUUCCUCGACCCGCUCCGCAUGGGCCGGGUGGCCAUUAAGUCCAUCCUCCUCUCGCCGGUCCUCUCCGAGUUUUUUGAGCUCGAGGACCAGCCAGCCGAAGCCGCGCUGGUUCCCGACGAAAUCGAGCGUUCGCGCGGCGCGUCGGGUGCGCCAUCGGGCCCGCCGACGAACUGGUUCUCGCUCUUCUCGGCCCGGCGCAUUUACGCCGACUACCUCCGGCUCGACACUGACCAGAACGGCAUGCUCUCGCGGAGCGAGCUUGCCGCCUUUGGCUCUCGCACCCUCACGCCGACCUUUUUGGACCGGGUCUUUGAAGAGUGCCACACCUACGGAGGCGAGAUGGACUUUAAGACCUACGUCGACUUUGUCCUCGCCAUGGAGAACAAGUCCGAGCCUCAGGCGCUCUCGUGGCUCUUCCGCAUCCUUGACAUCUCCAAGACCGGAGCACUCUCGUACUUUGAGCUCAACGUGUUCUUCAAGGACGUGCUCGCUGAGAUGGCCGCGGCAGGCUAUCCACUUGUGCGCAAAGAGGACGUCAUGGGCGAGAUCUUUGACAUGGUCAAGCCGGCACACCCGACCCGGAUCACCCUCGACGACCUGAUUGCCUCGGGCGUCGGAGGGACCGUCGUCAACAUUCUCACCGACGUUGCCGGCUUUUGGGCAUACGACAACCGUGAGAUGCUCCUCUCGACUUGAGAGACAAAGAACACAAUAAGCGCGUUACACCAUGUCGGGCGUGCCGGGCAUCAUGGCAAACACAUCGUGCUCGUCGUCGUCGUCGCUCUCAAACACAUCCGAGUCAUACGUGUCGAGCGUGUCGCCGGCGUCGUCGGUGUUGGUCGACGUCAUCCACGACCACGCGGCCUCCACGUCGCCGCCGCCGCUCCCGCCGCACCCCGACGACGUCGCCGCCGCCGG